UUCGGCUCACCAGCCAACAUGGCUGUCCUUGAUAGAUUGGAAAGAAAAAUUACAACAUUUGCAAUUCAGACUCGUUGUAUUUUACUUAUACUACAGAUUGUGUUAAAUGCUUUUUUUCCUGACCAUGAUGCAAGUGUUUUCAAUCCUCCAACAAACUCUGUUGUUUUAAGUGGAGUUCUGGACAAAUUUGUUGAAACAGCUUUAAGUGGACUCAAUCGCUGGGAUGCAGUUUAUUUCAUGCACGUAGCAGAGCAUGGCUAUAUUUAUCAAAACAGUUUAGCAUUUUUCCCUUUGUUUCCUUUUUUGGUCAGAUUCACUGCAAACACCCUGUUUUAUCCUUUGCAGUUUUUAUUGAUAUACAAAAAUGUAUUAAUGAUUUCAGCAGUAUUUUGCAAUGUGUUUCUGUUUAUACUUACAGUGAAGUUGUUAUUUAGACUUGGUUGUAAUGUUUUAGGAAACACUUAUAUAGCAUACAAAGCUUGUCUCUUGUUUUGUAUAAACCCAGCCAGCAUAUUCAUGAUAGCUUCAUAUUCUGAAAUUCUGUACUUUUUCUUAGCGAUAUAUGGACUUCUAAAUUUUGAAAACAGUUGUAAGAUAUUGAGUGUCUUCUGGUUUGCUUUAGGCACACUGGCUAGAUCUAAUGGCUUGAUCAAUUUUGGAUUUAUACUUUAUGAGAGUUUGAUUUUCUUGGUAAAAAAUCUAAGAACUUUCAUAUCAGGUGUUUCUGAAGAGGAUAGCAGAAAUAUAACAUUGUCUUUCAGAGUUUUCUCUUAUUUAAACAUUGCUAUUGUCCAGUUGAUAUAUUUGUUCACUCUCAUAUUUUUGUUCUUGGUGCCAUUUUUUUUAUAUCAAAUAUAUUACAUCAGUGCUAUGUUUUGUAAAUCUGAUAUCAGUAAGUUGUCAGAUAUUCCUGAUUAUUUGAUUGUGUAUGGACGAGAGAGAGACUAUCAUAUAAUAGGAGACAAUAUACCUCCAUGGUGUAACUCUUCCAUCCCAUUAUCUUAUGGCUAUGUACAAAGUUCUCACUGGGGGGUAGGGUUUAUGAAAUAUUAUGAAUUUAAACAAAUUCCAAAUUUCUUACUAGCCAUCCCAGUGACUUUGCUUAGCAUUGGUUGUGUGUUGUCAUAUUACAAGUGGAACAAAAAGACAUGCCAGACUCUUGGAGUUAAGUCAGAAAUAUUUGAUUUUAAAAAAAAUGAUGAAGGAGGCAGAUGUGUUUGGAACAAUCCCAGAAUUCUUCCAUAUGUAUGCCAUAUCCUGGUGUUGACAGUAUUUGGAUGGAUGUUUGUUCACAUUCAGGUGCUGACAAGACUGCUGUUCUCAGCCUCACCCAUUUUGUACUGGUUUAGUGCCUACUGUACAACAGGGGAGAGUACUCUAAUCAAAGUUCCUGUCAGGAAUGAGUAUGAGAUUAUGAAAAAAACUGAGGACAUUUCUAAGGUGGAGAAGGGAGAGAAUCUCAAGCAUUCAGUGAAAAAUAUCAUUACAGACCAGAUCAUGAAUUUCAGCAAGCAAAUGUUUGUCACUAAAUUAAUUUUAGCUUAUUUUCCGAUUUAUUUUGUUGUUGGCACUUUUAUGUAUUGUAACUUUCUACCUUGGACAUGAUGUCUAUGUCCUUUUGACAUGUUUAUUUUUCAAUAAAAUCCUCCUUUAGAAAUAUUGAUUUCCAUAAUUCUGAUAGAGAUGAUAAGUACAAAACUGCUUUACCCUGCCAUCAGUUAUAUUAUUUAGUCCAUAAUGAAAUAUUUUGCCAUUAUUUUCUAUCAUGGCAGACUUGAACACUACUUUACAAAAUACUCCAGAUUUAGAUGAUCAGUAAUUGUUCAUAGCUGAUUUAUUACAAGUCUGCAGAUCACCUAUAAACAACAAACUUUGGCAUUUCUAACAUCAGUAACUCAAAUACCAUGGAUAUGUUUUCAUUUUUGUCUUAAUUAACCUAAAUAUCUUUAUUAUCUUCAAUUUUUUCUCAGUCCCAUUGAGUUUGAGAUAACUAGGUUUGGUUGUAUAUAAAA